AUGAAUCACAACGUGCCCAUCCUGUGUAUGUGGUUUAAUGUGGAGGCGGAGCUGAAGCAGGAUUUCUGCCUCAGCAGAAAAGCCAUGCAUGGACUGCAGAGGCUUCUCCAGAGGGAUCAGGCCCAUGGCUGGGGUUAUCAGCUGGAAGUCCUGAUCUAUGUUUACUGGCUGGCUCAUGUUGUGUCUAGGGUCUUCAAUGUGCCAAAAUCCACUGUCCACCGCAUUGUCCACAAGGUUGCACAGCACAUCUGGCUCAACCUGUGGCGUGCCAUCUGUUUCCCACAGGCAGGAGAGCUUCAAGCAGUUGGACAAGGAUUUGUCCAGCUAUCAGGAAGCCCUGCCUUCAGCAAUGUUGUGGGUGCAAUAGAUGGCUGCCAUAUCAGGAUCAAACCCCCUCUACAGCACCGAAUUGACUAUCUGAAUUACAAAGGUUUCUUUUCAAUAAACAUGCAGGCAAUUUGUGAUUCAGAUGGAAGAUUCCUUGACAUCUUUGUUGGCUACCCGGGGUCAGUUCAUGACACCCGCAUCAUGAAGAACAGCAGUUUCUACAGGGCAAGACGGUACCCUCCCGCAGGUUGCAUCCUUCUGGGUGAUGGUGGCUAUCCUUGUUUGGACUCACUGAUCUGCCUCAUCACACCUUACAAGGAGCCAGUUAAUGGACACAUGCAGGGGCGCUUCAAUUAUUAUCAUUCCAGGGGGCGCAGCAUUAUUGAAAGAGCUUUUGGAAUGAUGAAGACCAGAUGGAGAUCCACCCUGUUCCGAGCUUUAGAGGUCAAACCUACAUUUGCACCUCUGGUUGUGGCGUCAUGUGCCUUCCUACACAACGUGUGUCUGGAUAAUGGGGACAUGCUGGAGCCAGAUGCAGAUGUUGACCAGGACAUCCUUAACCCCCAGCCUCCCCGUGAGCCCCUAGCAGAAAAUGAGAGCUCUGGGAAUGUUACAAGGGACAGACUGGCUGCCUUGGUCUCGGGCCAUGUGCAAGCCCCAUAA